CGGGUCUUGGCGUUAACAUCCGUUCAAAUGAAGCAAGAAUGGCUGUUAGGAAAAAUGUUAAUAUUACAAUUGCAACAUAUUUUAUGUUGCUAGUACUCGAACCUGCCAAAAAAUCAUCGAUGGGUUUCUGUCAGAAGAUUGUUCAAUUAAAGAGUGAAAUAUUGUUUCUUCGCACUGUGUUUAAUAUUUAAAUAUAUUUUUGUUUAUUCAUUUUAAGAUAAAUAUAAAUUAAUUUGUAUAAUUCAAUACUAUAUCAGUAUCUCACAUUAUAUUAUUAUUACUAAUAUAUUAAAUAAUAUUAUAUA